CUUUUGUCUUGUCAAGGGCAUCUUAGCAUACUUUCGGCCUGUCAGGUCCCUUACAUUUGUCAAGAUUCUUCCAGUAAAUGCUAGAAACAAUGCACGUCAGCAUUUCCUCAUUGUUGUCAGCUUCAAUUGACAAACUAAUGUCAAAUAUUUGUGACUGAGUUCAGCCUUCGUUUCUUAUUUCCAACUUCAGGUUCAUAAUGUUUUUAGUGAGACUAGCAAUGAAUCGGUCUGCUAUGAUUGGUUGUCGAGGUUCUCUUCAUUCUUCGUCCACCACAAACUCAAAAAAGCGGCGUACAUGGAUCAGUUAUUCAAUGUUGGUUUUCCCGGCUACCGCAUUUGCUUUAGGAUUUUGGCAGAUACGUAGACGAAAGUGGAAAAUUGAAUUAAUUGAUACACUGAAUGCACGGAUUCCUGCUAAACCUGUUCAUCUGUCUGACGAGAUUACUUCUAGCCUCCAACUACCUGAAUUUACUCAUAUCUCUGUUGAAGGUCACUUUGAUCAUUCACGUGAGGUGAUAAUUGGACCACGGUCUUUUAUAGAAGAUAUGAUACCUUCCAAUGGAUAUGGAGCAGAAUGGCUGUCGAGACGAAAAGACAAUACAAUGCAGUCAUAUACAUCAAUUCCGUCUGCUUCAGGUUAUUUCGUUGUAACACCAUUUUUUCUUGCGAAUAGACCUGGAACCUCCAUACUAGUGAAUCGUGGAUGGGUUCCAUAUGGUGCACGUGACCCUGUAAUUCGACCUAAUGGACAGAUUGAAGGUACCGUAAAACUGUCAGGUUAUGUUCGAUACCCAGAAAAGCCACCACUCCGAAUAUUUGGUGCAGACACUAGUUAUCUCAUGUGUCUGGAUCAAAAGAAUCAAAAUCCUCACAUUCGUUAUCCUUGCCGAUAUAUUGAGAAGAUGUGUGAAGAUUUGAAAACAUUGCCGAUUUUUAUUGAUGCUGACUAUGAAUCAACCUUCGUUGGUGGACCUGUUGGUGGACAAACUCGAGUUACACUACGCAAUGAACAUGCCUCAUAUAUCUUCACCUGGUUUUCAUUAGGUACAAUUGGUCUAGGAAUGUGGAUAUACUUCUUUCUCAUGUGAACUUUCUUUUUUUGAUGUUGUUGUGUACAUAGAGAAGAGGGAAGACAUUUUCAAAAUUAUUGUAGAUAAAAUAAAUUACACUUCGCAAAUACACCCUUUAUUUCCCAUUUAACA